CACUGCACUUCAGUUCGACACGUCAGGCGACGACAUGGGCAGCGCGUCGGCGGUCGCGUACGCGUUGUUAAUGUGCCUAUCAGUCACAGAAACCGUGUUAUCAAGUAAACAACGCAACGUUCUUAUACUGCUUGCGGACGAUGGCGGAUUCGAGCUGGGGGCGUACAACAACAAGAUCUGCCAGACUCCCAACAUCGACGCUUUGGCGCGCCGCAGCGUCAUAUUCAACAAUGCCUUCACUUCCGUCAGCAGCUGCUCGCCCAGCCGCGCAGCAUUGCUAACUGGCAAGCCGAGCCAUCAAAAUGGCAUGUACGGGCUGCACCACGGCGUGCAUCACUUCAACUCCUUUGACAACGUCACUAGCUUACCUAAUAUACUUAAGCGCCAAGGAGUAUAUACCGGUAUAAUCGGCAAGAAGCACGUCGGGCCAGAAAGCGUGUACAAGUUCGACUUCGAGCAGACGGAGGAGAACAACCACGUGAACAUGGUGGGGCGCAACAUCACGCACAUGAAGCUGCUCACCAGGGCGUUCCUGCAGCUGGCCAACCAGGAAAACAAACCAUUCUUCCUUUACAUCGGGUUCCACGACCCGCACCGCUGCGGGCACAGCACGCCGGAGUAUGGCGUCUUCUGCGAGCACUACGGGACCGGCGAGCCCGGCAUGGGUCGCAUCGCGGACUGGACGCCCUGGUACUACCAGUGGGACGAGAUUGAGCUGCCCUUCCAUAUACAGGACACAGAAGCAGCCAGAAGAGAUGUAGCCGCUCAGUACACUUCCAUGUCGAGGCUCGAUCAAGGCGUGGGUUUAAUCCUCAAAGAGCUAAUAGCAGCCGGUCACGGCGACGACACACUGAUAAUGUACACCUCCGACAACGGCAUCCCGUUCCCCUCGGGGCGCACCAACUUCUACGACCCCGGGCUCCGCGAGCCGCUCCUCGUGGCGGCCCCGCGCGCCGCGCGCAAGAACGAGGCCUCCUACGCGCUGGUCAGCCUGCUGGACGUCAUGCCGACCGUGCUGGACUGGUUCGGAGUACGCUGGGAGCAUGAGGAAAGCAAUGAUAUUUGGCAGGAUGAUACGCCGAAAAGUUUGCUGCCGAUUUUGAAAAAGGAGCCGCCGCCGUCGGACUUGGACGCGGUGUUCGCGUCGCAGACGCACCACGAGAUCACGAUGUACUACCCGAUGCGCGCCGUGCGCACGCGCCGCUACAAGCUCAUACACAACCUUAACUACGGGAUGCCCUUCCCUAUUGACCAGGAUCUCUACGCGUCUCCUACUUUCCAGGACAUCCUGAACCGCACGCGCAGCAAGCAGCAGCUGCCGUGGUACAAGACGCUGAAGCAGUACUACUACCGCCCGCAGUGGGAGCUCUACGACGUCCGAGCGGACCCCACCGAGUCCAACAAUCUACACGGUAAACCUGCCUUGGAGCACGUGGAGGCUUCCCUGCGCGAGCGCCUGUCGAGCUGGCAGCGCGCCACGCGCGACCCCUGGCUGUGCUCGCCCGACGCCGUGCUCGAGGGCAGCGCGCAGUGCCGCAGUCUCGACAACACGUUAAUGCAGUAUUAUCCGCGCUAGCCAGUAGAGGCAACAUC